AUGGCAUCUCCAGGCAUCGACGGCAGAGUCGCAGACCUAGAACCGGACAUACAAUGGCGCAUCAGCAUAGCAAUCUUCCGGUACAAAGAGAACGGGGAGCCCGCCGUCCUACUUCUGAAGCGAGCUACCGGUCAAGCCACCUAUCGAUGGUGGAAUAUUCCAACAGGCCCAGUUCUCAGCACCGAUGUGACCAUCCGCGAUGCCGUGGAGCGCAUAGUUCUCGACAAGACCGGUCUUGGACUCCAGGGCGACCACAUUAUCGAGGAGGUGGAGUUAUUGAGGUGGGGAUCUGAAGAGGAAGUCAUCAUCAAACUCAACUUUGUGAUCUAUGAUGAAUCUGGCGACAUUGUCGCAAUCCGUUACGACGAGUUCUUCGAAUAUGAAUGGGUGGAAGAGGAACGUGUUGACACUCUCGCCAUCCCUGUCUCAAUGCAGGAUGUGAUCCACGAUGGAUUUGAACUACAACGCUUGGGAGUUUUUUGA